UUACGCCGAACGGUCAGCUCAUUGUUGCGCGAUCGCGAAAGGUGAGCAGAUCGGCAUCGGUGCGUCGUGCCGUGUUUUUGUAAGCGAAAAAGUGAAGUGAACAAUGUGCCGUCAGAAACUUCCAGUACUACAGUGCACAUAAUAUUUUACAAUACACAAUUUUAUAUGUAAAUAAACGAAUAAUUAUGGUGCGAAAAUCAAAGGGGAGAAGAAUAAGAAAAUUUUAAUAAACAGCUUAAAAAAGCAUUCGCUCAAUGGGGUGUUGAUUUGAAUACGCUUGAAGUGACCACAAGUAUCUACACAAAAUCCACACCAUUGAUGCACAAGCUUUAGGUGUGUAUGUGUGUGUGUGAAUGCGUGUGUGUGUAUGCACGAAGUUACUUAACAAACAUCCGCCAUUGUUGACCAAACAGUAACAUAAUAACAGAAAUGUGUAUGGUGCACUUGGUCGGCAAUCUCGUCCGCAGUUCCUCGCUGAUUGCGGAACGGUGAAGUGGUGUCUUGCAACAGCCAGCUGAAGGUGUCUGGCGUAGUGUGGUUGGUUCGUCCGUGGCCAAAAAGUGACCCCGUGCCGGAAAUUAUUAUAAACAACGAAAAGAGAGCAUCGGACCAGUUCUGUUACGCAUGGAACAAGUAUAAUUAUUGCGCUAACCUUCAAGGAUUGCGAUUGUAGUAAAGAAAUAAAAAUGCAUCCCAAGUGUACAGUGCGUGUGCGUGAAAGGCAAGAGUAAGAUAUCCGCGUGCAACGGUGUCAACGGUCGACAGCUGAUGCUGCAGCGUAUUUUUUUUUCAUUGCAAGUUAAGAAUCUAGUGGCCUUUAACAAAACAUACCGAACUAGGCAUACAGUUUUCGCUGGCUAGACGUUCAUUACGCUCCCCAUAUCAAGAUGAUUAUCAAGAAGCCACCGGCGACUGAUGACGCCUUCAUCGAGAGCAAUGUUGUUAAACGCUUUUCUCCGCUGGCGCGUCAGGUACUGGCAGCAUCCGGUCCUAUCAUUAGCAGUGCAGCAGCCGGCAUGACGAAUGGAUUUUCUGCCAUUUUACUACCACAGCUUCAGCAGCCGGGCAGCAAACUAUCCAUCAGCGAAGAUCAAGCAUCUUGGAUCGCUUCAAUGGCACCCUUACCGAUGGCAGUCGGUUGCAUAUUGGGUGGUUUGCUGAUGGAACGCUGCGGUCGGAAGUCAGCUCACCUGCUGCUCAACAUAUCGUUUGCCGUCGGCUGGUGUGUACUGUCGAUGGCCGGCAGCUAUCCACAGAUUCUUGCCGGACGCUUCAUCACCGGACUAAGCUGCGGGUUGGUGGGACCUCCUGCCUCGGUCUACAUAGCGGAAACGAGUGAUCCUCGCUACCGUGGCAUUCUGCUCGCAGGUGUAACGUUUGCUGUGUCGAGCGGCAUACUACUGGCCCAUCUGUUCGGUACGUUCUUCCGAUGGCAAACGGCCGCAUUGCUGUGCUCGCUGUUCAUGAUCGUUGCCUAUCUGCUGAUGCUGGUAUCACCGGAAAGUCCAGCAUGGUUGCUUGCACGGGGUGCCCGUUCCGAGGCGGAAACAUCGUUCCGUUGGUUGCGUGGGUUCGAUCCGGCCAGCCGACAAGAGUUUGAUGCGAUGGUUGCGCGAAUGGAAAAGGACGAGGGUAACGAUAAAAGCGCGGAAACACAGACGGAAUCUUCCAGUGUGAAUCGGGCCAAGUCACCGUACCGGCGGAGGGAAUUCCUGAUGCCACUCGCAACGCUGCUCGUGUUCUUUGCUACGAUGCAAUUUUCGGGCGUUAACAUCGUCGCGUUCUACUCGAUCGCGCUCAUGAAGACUACGAUCGGGAGCGACAGUUUGAACGAGUAUCUGGCCAUGUUGAUCGUGGAUUUGGUACGUGUCGUGACGUCACUGGUCGCGUGUAUUCUGCUCCGUUCCGUGGGCCGUCGUCCACUGGCGAUGGCAAGCGGUGUCGGUACGACCGUAUCGUUGAUUGGGCUGUCGAUCUUUCUCUACUUCCAAACGAGCAUCCCACUGUACCGGAACUACUCCUGGCUGUCGUUGGUCUUUCUCAUCAGCUACAUCGUGUUCGUUGGCAUUGGACUGUUUCCACUGCCCUGGUGUAUGACGGGCGAAAUCUUUCCCGUCGCCACCCGCGGACUUGGUUCCGGGUUAACUUCAUCGUUUAAUUUCGUUUGCUUCUUUGCGGUGAUUAAAACUGGCCCAACACUGUUCGGGACAGUGGGAAUUAAUGGAACGUUUCUGGUGUACGGUAUCAUUUCAUUGCUUGGGACACUGCUGCUGUAUGUAAUACUGCCCGAGACGAAGAACCGUACCUUGCAGGAGAUCGAAGAACAGUUCCGACGUGGACGAAGGAAAGUAAAGGAUGCAGAAACACCAGCAGUGGCUGGAGUAUCAGCAACACCAUCAUCAGCUGGAAUUGCAACAAUAUCAUAAGUACCUACUACACAGUUAGCUGUUAGAAUUCCUUUUCUUACUAACAUUUGUUUAAUGGCUUGAAAAAAAGUGUUUAAUUUGUUACUAGAUUUUAUUGUUAGGUAGAUUUAAAGUAAUUUAACAUUACAAUCACAUUAGUCACCAUCAUCCAUGAUAAUUUGAAAGAUUAAUACAUUGUGUUGUUAAUAUGUAAGAUUGAGAUACGAACAAAAUGAAAUCUCGUAUUACCAACAUACUACUAAGGUGUUUUUUUCUUGUUUUUGAAUAUUUUAUGUUGAACAUGCCGAAAGAUAAUUUUUCAUUUCUUUAAAUUUAUUUUUAAUUCAUUAUCUUACAACGGAAAAAAUGACAGCCGACAGAUUUUCAACUGUCACUUUGCACCCAGAUGAAAAUGCUAUACAUAUUAGAGGUUUAAAUGUGAAAUAUCUCCUUGAAAUAUUGAAUGAAAGAUUUCCUUGCAAUAAUGUAUGAAAAGUUUCAAUGAAGUGUUACUUCCUUUGUAGGAUGCUCUCCUGCGCUG